AUAGAUUACAACACUUAAAAUAUGUACCAAGAUUGUGUUCGGCUUUGCCAUGAUGACCCGAAUCUGGAGGACGUCAGUUUCGGAUCCUACCUGGAAGACAUCCCGGAGGAAGACGAAUCGGAAUCCCAUUCGGAAACAACUUCAGCCAACACAGUCCUGCGGCAGCCUCAAAGAUUGCCCCUAAUUCCAUCGGAGGAGGAACUCCUCGAAGAUCAAUACUUUCCCGGGCUCCUGGACGAUUUCGUCCAAGGGCAAGCUUCAUUCUCCGGGGAAAUAUUUGUCCCCGAAGGCGAUUCGACCGUUGUUAGGACAACUUCUCUUCUGGAAGCAUUCGAUCGACGGGUUCAACACGAGCAAAGUCAAAUUCGAAACCGGUUAGGGAUCGGCAAUUGGGCUGAAAAUUCAGGGUCAGAGAACUACCAAUCAGGUCCAAUCGAAGAACAGGUUCCGAUCCGGGAGCCAGAAAUCCGUGCUGCCGUCAUGGGCGUCAACAUCGAUCGGACCCUGCGGAAUCGACCGGAAACGGAACUGACCAGGGCGAUAGAUUGCCUAACGAAAGCGGAAGUUAUGCAGCAGUAUCAGCUUAGGGCCGAUGUUAUGAACCAUUUUUCCCAACGAAUUGCGGGUCAACAGUCUUCGAUCGGAGGGUCCCUUCAAGAUUUUAGUAGAUUAAGCCGUUCCAAGGAAGAUGAGAAUGAAGAAGAGAAUCCGCUGGAGAUUGUCAGCUACAUCGGUUAUACUAGAAAUAAGAAGUGACUAUUGACUUAAGUACUACUU